CCCAUGUCUCGGUCCACCCCUCAGACUUCGAGCCUGUUCGGAGUCCGGGGUACGAACCGGGGGCCUCUCACCCUUCUCCGACCGAGCGCUCUUUGUCCGAGGCGCCGGUCCCGUUUACCCAAAUGUCCAAGACGGACAAGAAGAAGAGGAUCUCCGACGCACUGGAGAUCCUAUGUACUCAAACUGACCGAGACCACAUCAAUGAGGUCAACCAGAGGAAUGAGUCGAGUGAGCUCUUCCGCUCUUGGAUGGACUUUUCCAUCCGAAUGACUAAAGUGGCGGAAGACCGGCUCGCCCUGGUACAAGAGGUCUCGGACCUGAAGCAGGCGGCUCGGUCGCACUUUGAUGAAGUGUACCAGGCCAAGGAGGCCAAACGAUUGGCCGAGCUGCGCAAGGAAGAGGUGGAGGAGAAGAUUCGGAAGGGCGAGGAGGCCUGGCAGAAGGAGCAGACAGAGUGGAAAGAAGAGAGAGCCAAUCUUUCCCUGGCUAAGGAGAAUGCUGAGGCGGCCAAGGUCACGGCCGAAACCAAGCAGGCUCAAGCUGAGAAGGAACUGGCGGAGGUCAAACUUAAACUCUCCGCGGCCGAGCUCAACCUGAAAGAGGCCCAAGCGGCCGUUUCUCGCUCUCGGGAGGAGUGGUUCCAAGCUUGGCAGAAGUCGGAUGACUGUACCGAUUUCUGCGCCGACGUGGGCCAAUCUUCCCACAAGAUGGGCGAGGACGAGGCGCUUGCUAGGCUUAAGAUAGCCUUUGCUGAUUCCUGUCCCGGGGCCGAUUGGAAUUCAGUCUGGUCUCGCUACCAGGAGCUGGCCGAUGCCGACGCAGCGGAGAUUAAGGCCAGGAUGGCUGAAGAGAUGAGCUCGGACAGCGACUCUGACUCUGAUGAUGAAGAGGAAGAUGCUGGAAGCACCGAGCCACCUCCACCAGAGCAACCUCGGCCGAGCAACCUGCCACUGGCCUUCUACUUAGCUUCCUUAGGAUUUUUAUUUUCUUAGCUUUGGCCUUGUCGGCCCUUUUAGCUUUUCUGCUUUCCGACCCCCUGCUUUUGUAAACUUUUGGUUGUAUUUUACAACUUUUAAUCAAUUGGAAUACAACUACUAUUUUGCAACUCGUCAUUUGUCGCAUAUUUUUCGUUAUUUGCAAUAUUACAACAUUCAAUAGACAAUAAACUGGUUAAGUUUUGCUUGCCUUUUUGUUCAAAAUAGACUGGUUAAGUCUCUUUCAUUUCUGGGGUAUAAAACCGACUUGAUACAUGGACUGGUUAAGUCCGAGUUACAAUUUGAUUUGUUUGCUAACCCGACCAAGUACUGCUGGCCUUACAUCAUGCCCCUAGUGCAAGUAACGAAAAAAGUUAUACAUAGAAUCUUUUGAGAUUGUCUAGGUUCCAAGGCCGAGCCAGGGGGACCCCUUCGGGAGAUUCGAGUCGGAAUGUCCCUGGCUUGAUGAUUUCUGUAACCUUGUAAGGGCCGUCCCAAUUUGCCCCCAACUUCCCUUUGAGAUGGGAAAGUCCAGUGGCUUCGACCUUUCGGACGACCCAGUCGCCUAGACUGAUUGGUCGAGGUUUUACUCGGCGGUUAAAAUGCCUUGUGAUUCUUUGCUUGUACCGGAUGGCUUGUAGCAAAGCAUUGCCUCGGGUUUCUGGCAAUAGGUCUAAGUUGAUGGGCUUUUCUUCUUCAUUUUGGUCGAACUCAUAGAAUGUCAUCCGAGGGGAGGGGAUUCCCACCUCGACCGGAAGGACAGCCUCGCUUCCAUAGACCAAGCCGAAAGGGGAGUGCCCCGUGGCUUCUUUUAUCGUCGUUCGAGCCGACCAGAGUACUCCAGGUAGGUCGUCUACCCAUGCCCCUUUAGCUGCAUCAAGGGAUUUUUGAUACCUUUCAGGACAAUUUUAUUAGCCGACUCGGCUUGCCCGUUGGUUUGAGGACGGGAGACUGCCGAGAACCUUGUUUGAAUGCCGAACCGGGCGCAAUACUCUCGAGUCGGCCUGCUGUUGAAUUGUCGGCCAUUGUCUGAUACCAAGGCUCUUGGAAUUCCGAACCGGGUAAUGAUGUUCCUCCAUAUGAACAACUGAACCUGCUUGUCAGUAAUUGACGCCAGGGGCUCGGCUUCGGUCCACUUGGUGAAAUAAUCAAUUGCCACAAUUAGGAACUUCCUUUGCCCAGAAGCCGGGGGGAAAGGUCCGAGCAGAUCCAUGCCCCACUUGUCGAAAGGCAGGACUGCUUGAAUGGUGGUGAGGGGAGUGGCCGGCGCCCUCGGUAUGUCCGAGCCAAUAGUACCCUGCUCUUAGCGCCUUUCCGGCUAUAGUCCGACCCCCUUGAUGGCUUCCGCAGGCUCCUUGGUGUAUUUCCCGGAGGACGUAAUUUCCCUCCUCGGGAGUUAUACACUUGAGGAGGGGAUGAGUGAAAGACUUUUUAUAGAGCUGCCUUUCAUGCCAAAGGAACCAACCAGACUUAUGCUUAAUCCGGUCGGCUUCUUUAGGAUCACUGGGUAAGGUCCCGUCUCGCAAGUACUCCACAAUUUCAUCCAUCCAGUUUGAGGAUCGAUUGAGUACGAGCUGCUCUUUUGCAUUUAUGCUAGGUUCCUUCAACACUUCCCAAGAAAUGGUUCUGGGGGCCGACCCCUCAGCAGAACUAGCCAUCCGAGCCAAUGCAUUUGCCUGCUGAUUUUCCGAGCGAGGGAUGGAGUAAUCCGGAAUCCGGACAACCUCGCAAUGACAGCUCGGGCUUUGGCCAAUACAUCCUCAUGUUGUCCUCUUUGGCCUCAUAGUCACCAGAAAUCUGACCCACUAUAAGUUGUGAGUCGGACUUGGCUAGGAUUGAGGUUGCCCCAGCUAGGAUGCAUAGCUGGAUUCCGAGGAUGAGAGCCUCAUACUCGGCUUCAUUGUUAGAUCCGAGAAACUCGAACUUAACAGCAUACUCAAUUUUUUCUCCGACCGGAGGUUUGAUGACCAAUCCGGCUCCACAUCCACUCUUUGUGGAUGACCCAUCAACAAGCAAUUCCCACUCCUCUUGCGAUCCGACCGGGGGUCGAGUUGCGCAUUCAGUGAUGAAGUCAGCGAGUGCUUGGGCCUUGAUGGCUCUUCGGGGCUCGAACUCGAGCCCAAAAUCUGCUAACUGGUCUGCCCAAUCACUCAUCCGACUCGAGUGAUUUCUAUUCUCAAUCAGCUUCCGAAGCGGUUGUCCGGUUAGGACUUUGAUGGGGUGUGCUUGAAAAUAGGGCUUGAGCUUCCGACUCGCCAUCACUAAGGCAAAGACCAUUUUCUCAACAUCGCUGUAUUUCGCCUCGGCCCCCCUAUAGGCGUGGCUGAUGAAGUACACCGGAUGUUGUUUUCUUCUCGCUCGGCUAUCAGGACGGCGCUAGAGCGUAGUCCGAGACAGCCAAGUAGAUAAA